GGACCCUGCAUUCACUAUAUCCGGUCUCCCCGGACCCUGCAUUCACUAUAUCUGGUCUCCCCGGACCCUGCAUUCACUAUAUCCGGUCUCCCCGGACCCUGCACUCACUAUAUCUGGUCUCCCCAGACCCUGCAUUCACUAUAUCUGGUCUCCCUGGACCCUGCAUUCACUAUAUCCGGUCUCCCCGGACCCUGCAUUCACUAUAUCCGGUCUCCCCGGAUCCUGCAUUCACUAUAUCUGGUCUCCCCGGACCCUGCAUUCACUAUAACUAGUCUCCCCGGACCCUGCAUUCACUAUAUUUGGUCUCCCCGGACCCUGCAUUCACUAUAUCUGGUCUCCCCAGACCCUGCAUUCACUAUAUCUGUCUCCCCGGACCCUGCAUUCACUAUAUCUGGUCUCCCACAG